AUGCUGCGCCGGCUAGCACAGACGGCGUGGGUGCACAGCGGACGGCCGGCAGCGUUCAACGCCGGCCGCGCUGCGUCCUCAGCCUUCCAAGACGCGGGCCUCGUGGCGAACAGCUCGAACACCAAGGGGGACCUCCGGAGCACCAGCGGCCUCGGCGUGGACGACGGCAUCACGUCGCACACGGACAAGUGGCUGGACCGAGGCAAAACGUCCCCCAUGGAGUACGUCGCCAAGAUUGCGCCGGUGGAGGUCAAGGGCAAGGGCGUCGCGGUGUGCUACGGCCACGAGGACCCAGCUCUGGGCCACGAGGUCGAGUACAUCAAGGUUCUAGGGCACACCGCGGAGAACCCCGCGGUGUGCAAGUACUGCCAGGCCAAGUUCUACCACGACGGGAAGAAGGUCGCGCACUGA